AAGCGGAGCGGAUUUGUGUCGUGCAGAGAAUUGUGAAUAAUUGUUUGUUUAUACUAAAGGUAGUAAAACCGCAUCUGCUGAAUGUAACGCUGAUGCAUGUGUUGCAUCGCACACGUCGUGUUUUCACAUUUGUAAUCUUUCAUCGAGGUAGUCAAUCUGGACCGUGUUGUAUAGAAGAAAUCAAAUUUUGAACAGACACACAGUUUGCAAAAGAACUUUAAGCGAAGUUACAUCGUCAGUAGUAACAUGGCGGACGGUAAUUUCAAAAGUUUAGACGAUACACUGAAUAAGUACAUUCCACCGGAGGAGCUGCGAGAAGUCAAGAGGGUUCUCUAUGGAAGAUCGGAUGAUAACCAGCUGAAAUUUUCAGAAGAAACCAUUACUCUGGCCAAGGAUGUUGAUGUAGAAUUGAAGGGAUACUAUUUUACGGCUCGGAAGGAAGAUCUUCGUCGACCUAGAUUCGUUCGUGUAGCUGCUAUACAGAAUACAGUGGAUAUUCCAACAACGGCACCGAUUCAUGUCCAACGGGAUGCACUUCACGAGAAGAUUGCAAACAUUUUACGAGUUGCGGUCACUGCUGGAGUGAACGUUGUUUGUCUACAAGAAGCAUGGACGAUGCCGUUUGCUUUUUGUACCCGAGAAAAAUUUCCUUGGUGCGAGUUUGCCGAAGAUGUCGAAAAUGGACCAACGACAAAAAUGCUGAAGGAAUUGGCAAAGCAAUAUAAUAUGGUUAUUGUUUCCCCUAUUCUAGAACGUGAUGCCAACCAUCAAGACACAAUUUGGAAUACUGCAGUAGUGAUCUCGAACAAUGGCACCGUAAUCGGAAAACAUCGUAAAAACCAUAUUCCGCGUGUUGGUGACUUUAACGAAUCGACUUACUAUUUUGAGGGUGACACAGGACAUCCGGUGUUCGAGACUCAGUUUGGUCGUAUCGCAAUCAAUAUUUGUUAUGGGCGACACCAUCCACAAAAUUGGAUGAUGUUCGGAAUAAACGGUGCGGAGAUUGUGUUUAAUCCAUCGGCAACUGUGGGGGGUCUCAGUGAACCAUUAUGGGGUAUUGAGGCCCGUAAUGCGGCCAUAGCUAACAGCUACUUUACGGUGGCGAUAAACCGUGUCGGAACAGAGGUAUUCCCCAACGAAUUUACCUCCGGUAACGGCAUGCCGGCUCACAAGGACUUCGGUCCCUUCUAUGGUUCGUCGUACGUGGCGGCUCCGGAUGGAUCACGCACUCCAGGGUUAUCCAGAGAGAAGGACGGACUACUCGUGGCAGAGAUGGAUUUAAACCUUUGUCGUCAAAUCAAAGAUUUCUGGGGAUUUCAGAUGACUCAACGUUUGCCACUGUAUGCCGAAAGUUUAGCGAAAGCAAUUAAGCCAGACUAUAAACCACAAACUAUCAAAGAAAAUUAACAAUUUCUAAACUUACGUAAAACUAAACAUGGUUUUCAAAUCUUCGCUUUUGAAAUCUUAGUUAUAAGGACAAUGUAUAUAUGUAUAGUCAAUAUAUGGGGAAUUGAAAAGGUGCAUAACAUCGGUACACAUUAAAAUUUGGAUCGUCCGGUGUCAUGCGCUGGAUACGAAAAUAUAUAAAAGAAGCUAAAACGGGGGGAGCUCAGAUACAGACACAGUCAAAUGAAAAGAUUCUUAACGUCAGGUAGAUGAGUGGAAUACAAUGAUAAGUAUGAAAAGUGUCCGGCGUUUACAAUUUUUCACUUUUUUCCGAGCAUCUGAUAUUCUGGACCAAGAAUUUUUAAAUUAUGUUCAAACAUUUUUAAAUAGUUCUUAUCUAACCUUCUUCUCAAUGGACAACAGUGAAUUCAGAUAUUAUUGGAUACUAGCUUGACGCCUCGGCGAUAUUCGGUGUAGAAGUGGUGGAGAAAAGAGUCGAGAAAACAGAUAUUUUAACUUAAUAGUUAACGGCAUAUUUAAAAUGGUUGAUAUUUUAUCGACUUCUCGCUGUUGUAUACAUGUUUUUUAGCCAUCUUUUCAUUUUUUUCCAAGGAUGGACAGUUACCAUCGUUUAGGUCCUUUGAAUCAUGAUAGCCUCAAUUAACUAUUUAUCAACGUAGUCCAGCCAGUCCCGUAGUCUACAUACCCAAAAUUGAAGUCAUGUUGUCUUCCAUAUUGUCCCCCGCCCUAUGAGAUAUCGCAUGAAUAGCGCUAGGUUUUUUUUUUGUAUGGAGGUCAGGCGAAAUCGCGCUGUACGUCGUGUAGGAAAGA